AUAGAAACUAAAAGAAACCCAUUUAUCAACAAUAUGCAAUUAGCUCUCAUUUAAUAUUAUUUUCAUGAAAGAAACUGAAGCUUUAGUUAAAUAACAAUGACAUUUAGACAGAAAUAGCUCAUAGUAUUGCAGAAGACAUAAAAGGCACUUUAGAAAAUGCUUUCUCUUUGGAUUUUACAAAACUAUGCAAGUAGUUAUCGAUUAGAGACUGGCCCAUUUAGUGGCUGCAAUUAUGACAGUGAUGAAAAUGUCUUUGCAACCAGUCUUCACAUUUGUAAUUUUGGAGGUCUCACUUAGUGACCACUUCAUUUUACAACCAAGUUGCCUGUCCCAAUUGCAUUUGCUAAAUAAGGACUACGUAUAUACUGGUAAAUGAUCAGGUUUAUCAUGUGCAGAUUUUCUUUUCUUAGGAAAGCUCAACUGGUAAAAAAAAAAUGACAGUCUUUGAAUAAGCAGAGAGACAAGUUCAGACUUUUCCCCCAAAUCUUUGCAGGUAAAAAUAAUGUUCCGCUGAUGUUUUAUUUGCAUUUGUGUCUCUUCUGAGUUAAAGUCAGUCUAAACAUGAUCUCUCCUUCAGACGACCCCCCAGCAUCCUUGUACAGCACAGUAUUAAAAAACAGCAUAAAAUAUUAUACCACAUAUGAAUAUAAAUUAUUUUUCUCUGUCCCUUUGAAUUAUUUUCUUUGUGAAGCAUGGUUAUUUUUUAAACAGUGUUGCUGCUCCUUGCACAUAUCUCAAAUGAAAAGUAAACAUCUUUUACAUAUAUUAUAUUGGUAAAACACAUUUUUCCAACUUUUUCUAUGCCGUCUGUCACUUUAAUUUUACCCUUGACUCAGAAAAAUAGUCCUAAUUUCCAAAUCUCACCUACACUAGUCUGUGAGUCAUGCCCAGGUACUGAGACAGCCAGUUUCCCAAGCUCCCUCCUUGCUGAAGCCAUUUGAAGCACAUCAGGCGUAGAAGAUCUGAAGGACAUUCACCGAGGAUCAGAUGUUGUCCCUUCUUAUUAACAAAUCCAGUUUAUUCAAAGAGAUCUUACAGCUUUCCCUUCAGGAUAUAUGUUUAUCUUUUUUUUUUCUCCUGGUUCAAGCUAACAAGAUUUUGUGGUUGUUGUUCUUUUGGGAAAGAAUACGAUGCAACCUGGAAGCAGUGGUGGGAAAAUGAAGAAAGAAAAAUGACAGAAAUUAAAAUUUGCACAAUCCAUCAGUUGCCACCAACAUGAUUUCUGAAAAGCAUUUGAUGUGCAAAUCAACAGUAAUAAUGGGGUCUAAUAGAUCAUAUCUGAACCUUACAGAUCAUCAAUCUCCGAGUCAAGACAUCAAUCUUUUGACCAAUUAUUCACAAGACCUAAUUGGGAAUGCUACCAAUAAUGAAUUUACAACUAUUGUUUUACCUAUGCUUUACCUCCUUAUAUUCUUGGCAAGCAUCUUUCUGAAUAGCUUGGCAGUAUGGAUUUUCUUCCACAUCAGAAGCAAGACCAGCUUUAUUUUAUACCUCAAAAACAUUGUAGUUGCAGAUUUGCUGAUGACUCUGACAUUUCCAUUUAAAAUUAUUGAAGAUUCAAGACUGGGGCCAUGGUACUUCCAUUUUUUCAUAUGCCGGUAUACAAUAGUUUUGUUUUAUGCCAGCAUGUAUACAACAAUUGUUUUUCUUGGACUUAUUAGCCUUGACCGCUAUCUAAAAGUGGUAAAACCAUUUGGAGAUUCCAGGAUGUAUAGCAUUACAUUCACUAAGAUUCUGUCACUUGUGGUUUGGAUUGUUAUGGCAUUUUUAGCUUUGCCAGAUCUGGUCCUCACUAAUAGUUACACAACUAGGAUAAAUACGGGUAACUGCUUAAAACUGAAAACCCCUUUGGGAGUCAAAUGGCACAAUGCUGUCAUUUACUUCAAUAAUUGCAUAUUUGUCAUUGUGAUGAUUGUAUUAAUAGGUUGUUAUAUUGAAAUAUCCAAAUAUAUCUAUAAAUCCAGCAAGCAGUUUAUUAGCUCUUCAAGUCACAAGAGGAAACACAGUCAAAGUAUAAAGGUGGUGGUGACUGUAUUUUUUAUUUGUUUUUUGCCAUACCAUCUAUACACAAUCCUUUUCAAUUUGUGCCAGUUAGAUUAUUAUUUAGAUGCUUCAGCUCACAAGAUCCUGUACUACUGCAAGGAAGUGACUAUUUUUCUAUCAGCAUGCAAUGUCUGCCUAGAUCCAAUCAUCUACUUUUUUAUGUGUAGAUCAUUUUCAAGGAGGCUUUUCAGAAAAUCAAACAUACGGACAAGGAGUGAAAGCAUCAGAUCCUUUCAGAGUAUCAGAAAGUCAGAGGUGCGCAUUUAUCAUGAAUAUACUGAUUUGUGACAUCAUUGCUAAACUUUUUUUUAAUUGUUAUUUGUACCAAUGUUUUCUAUUUGUAAAUAAAGGUGCUUUGCCUUGUUAUACAAAUCUGAAUAUAUUCAGUGCAACAUAUGAUUAACAUUUACAUCCUUUCGAUGAUUUUCGGUUUGAAAAGAAGGUAGGCAGUCCACUAUUACAAAAUAUAUCUCCGCUUGACGAUUGAGUAUUUUUUACUUACAUUAGGAUGAUUUAAAAAGAUAUAUAGUGCCAUCUAGUGGACAAAAGCAAGGUUGUGAUACAAUGCAAGAGCUGAGCUGCUCAAACAAUGCUGUCUAAAGAGAGUUCAAAACUGUAGGCUAUGUUGCUUUUCUCCCAAUUGCUUCUAACGCUAACUUCAGAAAUCCCAGUCUGAUGAGUUGGCAAUGGGACUGAGCCAUAAACAUAAGGUCUGAUUUGUUGUUUCCCUAUUUCUUGCCCUUCCCAUCCCUGCCUUGUUGAUUGUUCCCUCCUAACCAGCUCAUAUUUUCCUUUGUUUUUUUCCCAGAUAUUCACACAUACGGAUGCCAUUAUUGUCCUUCCUGCCCUACCCUUCCCAUAUUAUGUCUUUUGACAAUAACCUUUCCUUUGUGGACUUAUAAGUACCAUUAUUGCAGUGAUGCUACUGUACUUAAUGCAUUCAGGGACAUGUUUUCCUUUUGCUUUUGCUCAUCUGAAAAUCCAUGAGAAUUUUGUAGCAAAGAACAUUGAUUAUAACAUUUCUACACUUCUAAACAUCCUUAAGAUAUUUAAAAAAAAAAAAA